CCUCAUAGUUUCUCUCUCCUAAAACCCCCUUCUCUCUCAGGCUCUUUGGCAUUAAAAUUCACAAUGGCAGUCUGCAAUAGAUUUGGAAGUCUCAUGAGGCAGACCAUUUCACAGAGCAGUGUGUCUAAUGGGCAAGUUCCAAUGGCAUCAAUGCUCAAUGCUAUUCGUUGUAUGUCGUCUUCAAAGCUUUUUAUUGGAGGUCUCUCAUAUGGAGUUGAUGACCAGUCUCUCAAGGAUGCAUUUUCCAGCUUUGGUGAUGUUACCGAGGCACGGGUUAUCAUUGACAGAGACUCCGGAAGAUCAAGGGGAUUUGGAUUUGUGAACUUCUCUAGUGAUGAAUGUGCAAGCUCGGCAAUGUCAGCCAUGGACGGACAGCCACUGGAUGGGAGGAACAUCCGUGUGAGUUUUGCAACAGACAGAGCCGGUCCUCCUCGAGGUGGUGGUCCAAGUUAUCGUGGUGGGUUUGGUGAUGAAGGAAGGAAUGAUGGAUAUUAAGUCAAUGUAGCCUAGGUUAUGUUGUCUAUAGAAUGACUAUGGCAACUAGUUUAGUAAUUUAGGAUGGUGAAUCGUAUGAUUUUGAGUGGAGUUGAUGAACUGCAUAUGUUACUAAUGCUUUUAAUCCCAGUUUUUGCCUGUUAUUUCUUUAUUUAGUGUCGCAUGUUAUCCCUAGCUGUAUUUUUUUUUUUUUAAAUAUUGGGAUCGACAGGUGCUGUACUUUUAUUCUUUGACUGAAAACAU